CUUGUUCAAAGUAAAAAUGCCAUUUUAAUUUACCAGAGUGCUUACAAUAUAUUAAAUUAAUUAUUUGUAUAUGGAUGAACGUAUAUAAAUAUAAGUGCAACACAAACGUAUGAGCAACUCAUGCAAACGUAUGCGUAAAUAAAUAUACGAGAGAAGAAAAAAAAAUAAAAUAAAAUAAAAACAACAACAUAGCAGCAACAAAAAUCAACACUGCCAAUAAUAAAAUUAAAUAUUUUAUUUUACUUAAAAUGACUGAAAAUAUUUAUACACGCUAAUUUUUUUGCAAUUCAUUAAUAAUAACGACAUUAUUUUUAAAUAAAAGCGAAGACGUUGAACGUCCAUUGCCAACAUAAAUGUUAACUAAGUAAAUACAUAUAUUCUAUAUGUAUAUAUAAUAUACAUUCAAUGUAAAUUGUAAAUACUCAACCUAUAAAAAUAUGGAAAACAUCACCGAGGCCAAUUUUGAAUCCUCCGCUAACGAUAGCCUCAGCGAAAGAAAUACCAGCACUGAUAUGGAUAAGCAAAUUUUAAUAUUUGGUUCACAAUUAGUCAAUAUCAACUCCAGUACGCCAUAUUCUGACGCAACGCAGACAAAAAAGCAUUCUCCUGGGCAUAUUAAACGUCCUAUGAAUGCGUUUAUGGUUUGGAGUCAAAUGGAAAGGAGAAAAAUCUGUGAAAAAACCCCUGAUCUACAUAAUGCAGAAAUUUCUAAGGAACUUGGCAGACGUUGGCAGCUUUUAGGAAAUGAGGAAAAGCAGCCAUACAUUAAUGAAGCGGAAAAACUACGCAAGCUUCACAUGAUAGAAUAUCCAGAUUAUAAAUACCGACCACAAAAGAAACAUUCGAAAUCAUUAAGUGUUUCAAAACCAAAGCUUGACUCCAACAGUGAUAAAAGCAAUCAAUAUGAUAAUAAAAAUUUAAAGGCGUAUUCUACUUGUUCGGUUAAACAGACUAUCUCAAAACAUGGUCGAAAAAAUAAAAGAGGAUAUAAAGAUGCUAACCGCACUGAGUUUGAAAAGCAUAAAAAAGUUUUCAUUGAAACUUUCGACAACACCUGUACAGAGCAGGAUAUAAAAACCGAAGCAAUACAAGUAGUUCCUUCAACAAAAUUUUCGUAUACCUCAAAUUCAACUAUUAAUUUAGAUGCAAGUUCUUCAUCAUUCAAUAUUACUGAUAAAAAUUGCAAUAUAUUUUCAAAACUGAUUACUAUAACGCAAAAUAAUGAUUUUAAUGAUGAACAUAAUAUACCUGAAUUAUUGCGUGUCCCUUCCAGUGAUACUAAUUUAUUACAUCUAGAUGAUGUUUUAAAAUAUGUGACUACCGAAAACUGCUUUGAUCAGUCCAAAAUGAAAGAUAUUAAAUCUGAACUUCCACUGCCAGAUACAAAUAAUGUAGAUAAUUUAUCCUUUGCCAACACCUCAAUAGAAACAAAUCAAUUUGUAAAUGACGAAAAUAUUACUAAUUUUGAUAAUAAUGAAAAUAUUGUUAAUGAUGCCAAUUUACAUGCUGCAAGCCAGUUAUCCUAUGAUAUGGAACUGCAAUAUCCUGAUAAUUUUACAAAGUUUACUUCAUUUGGUAAUUCAAUAACGGAACAUCAAUUACAAAAUCAUACAGCAAAACUUAAUGCUGAAGAGAAUUUACAUAAUUCCGAAAUUGAAACAAAUGAUGAAUGUUUAACUGCUCUGUACUGUGACAAUGAAUGUCAAAAUGACAUAUUAUUUGAUAACCAAAACACUGUGGAACAACCUACCGUAACUAUGAAUAUAGAAAUACAUAAUGGAUUACAAUAUCGUAGUUCCGGAAACGUAGCAUUCCAUAACGACGACAUUUACUCAGUUUCAAUUCCUUGUGCGGAUGAUAGCAAUUGCAGCAUUUUAAACUCCACACAUUCGACGCAUACCACAUAUUGCGGUGAUUUCGCAAACGCAGCAAUUGAAACAAAUAUUGGAGAUGCUUCCACUUAUACAACACCAAUCAAUGUGAUUUUAGAACCUCAAAAUGAUCUCAAUUGUACGAUCUAUGACACAAAUGGUGCUCUUUUAGCUCUGAGCUACGACGACUUUCAGCCAGAAUUAAGUAGUAGUCAUUUAGAAUUUAAUAACAGAUAUGAGUUUCCAAGUUUAUAAGAGAAUCAAUAUAAUAUAAUUAUAGUUAAGAUUUUAUAUUUUAUAUAACGAAAAACUUAAAA